AAUACAACAUCCGGUUCUCAAGGCGCAUGCGUAUUGUUAAAUCGUUCAAGUCAUAAACCAAGAGAAAGAUGCGUAAGCAUUACGCGUUUUAUAAUUAGACAAAAAGGCAAAACGGCCUUUUAAACCUUACAACAUAACGGGAAGAAAAUUAUGAACAUAGACUUAUACUGAUUAGUGCUUAUUUGAUUGGGAAUGUCUCGCUUCUUUCGCUUCUUCAGUCGCCGAGGAGGUGCACAAAAAGGUGUUAAAGAGAAAGAAGAUAAAGCCCUGAAAAAUGUUUUACCAUGUCGAGUUAUGUUAUUAGACGGUUCUGAUUUAUCGGUUAAUGUGCCAAAAAAAUUGGAGGGAAAGUACUUAUACGAACAAGUAUAUUACAACUUGGACAUUAUCGAAAAGGAUUAUUUUGGCCUGCAAUAUACGGACAGUCAAGGUGUUACGCACUGGUUGGAUCCAACGAAAUCGAUACGGAAACAAGUCGCAAGGCCUGAAUGUCCAGUUGUUGGGCCCCCUUAUACAUUCCGUUUUCGAGUGAAAUUUUAUACAUCUGAACCAAAUAGUUUGAGAGAAGAAUUAACAAGAUAUCAAUUCUUUUUACAACUUAAACAAGAUAUUCUUAAUGGAAGGUUAGAAUGUCCCUUUGACUACGCAAAUGCGAUAGAGUUACAGGGAAAAAAUUUGUUUUUUGUUGCUCCAAUAGCUGAACUUGGCGAUUAUGAGGAAGGCUUGCAUACCCCUGGUUUCGUUAGCGAAUUUAGGUUUGUUCCCGAAGCACAGCAAACUGAAGAGAUGGAGUUAGAAAUAUUAGAAGGAUUUAAAAAACUACGAGGACAGAGACCAGCCACAGCUGAAUUACAUUAUUUAAAUAAAGCAAAAUGGCUCGAAGGAUAUGGAGUUGACAUGCAUAAUGUUAUGGGAAAAGAUGGUAACUCCUACUCUUUAGGAUUAACUCCAACUGGUGUUUUAGUAUUUGAUGGUAGUCAAAAAAUUGGAUUGUUCUUUUGGCCUAAGAUAACCAAAUUAGAAUUUUCUGGGAAAAAGCUAGUACUAGUUGUUGUUGAGGAUGACGAAAAGGGCAGGGAACAAGAUCAUUUAUUCGUUUUUAGAUUAUUGCAAAAAAAGGCUUGCAAACACUUGUGGAAAUGUGCUGUUGAACAUCAUUCUUUCUUCCGACUUAAGGGGUCUCGGCCUCCUGCUACCAUGAGGCAGAGUUUCUUCCGAAUGGGCUCCAGAUUUCGAUAUAGCGGCAGGACAGAAGUAGAAACAGUUACAAGUAGUAGAGCCAGACGUAGUGUGAAAUUUGAGAGAAAGCCUAGUCAAAGAUUUUCUAGAAGGCCUGUGUUUGAAAGAAGAGAAGCGCAAGCAGCUAUGAGGAGACUCGAACAACCAAUUUCCAUUGCAAAAGGCGCCAAACAUAGUGUUCAAACAUCGGCUGUUAUUGAAAAAAAAUCUAAGAAAGAACCUGUUUCCCCAUCCGUGGCUGCUGGCAGUCAAAAUGCUUCAAACACUUCUGCCUCGGCUGCCCUCGAAAGACUAGAUAAUCUUAUGAAAGGUGGUAGUACAUCGAAAAAAGAUGAGGACUUGUCACUAAAAGAAGCUUCCGAACAAGCUCAAGCAAGAAUAAAAGGCUUAGACAAUAAUACAACGCCCCAAACAAAUACUCAAAUCGCCUCAAGGGACAUCAAUUCAUUAAAUACAUAUAAAAAUGUGUCAAAGUUGGAUAAGUCAGCGCUAUCGAAAGACGUAAAGCAAUGCAACAUCUUAAAAGCCCAGCAAAUGGAGACUAAUGCUGUUGAUCAAAAGCCAAAACCUUUAAAAGUUGACCUUUCCUCUUCAGAAGAAAAGUCCGAAAGUUGUGACUCUGAUGAAAGUAGCAUUGAUAUUGAUGAGGACGACUUAUUCCAUCCCUCAAAAUUACCUGUAGUAAGUAAAACGAAUUUGAGGUUAAGCACAGAAAGUAGUCCAGCAUCACCUCCUUUAUCGGCCCAAUAUCAGAAUGGCGUUGACGACUUUACUCCAAAGCUUACUGAAAAGUCGAUGUUUUCAAAAUCUCAAAAUACAUCGCGUUCAUCAAACGUUUGCAGUAUUGCAUCACAGAACGAUUUGAACAAGACUGACGGAUCUGUAUCGGAUACAAAAGUAUCAGUUGAUGAGCAACAAGACAGUUUACCGAAAUUUGAACUUGAUGAAAGUUUGGGUGAUGUAUUUUUAGACGAAAACGAACAAGCAGAGAUUAUGAUUGACUUUCCUGUCGAAAAUGUAUCUUUAAAUAAUAGUAAAGAUUCUGCCGAUAAAAUUCCAAAGUCACCAACCGUAUCUACUUCAUCUAAUGCCGGCAAUUCGAGCAAGGAAACGUCUCCGAUGGCGGCAAUUCCUGAAUCACCGUCUGAUAAAUCAACUCCCAAUCAACCGAAGAUAUCAAAAAUUCCAAAAAAGUCCAUAUCUACAGUGCAGAUUAAUCCGGUGAUAGAUAGAAAGCUUAAAAAGAGAAAUACAAGUUUACCAAUUAUCAAUAAGCCGGAGCCCAAAUCCGUUUCGACAAAAAUACCUAAAGCAGCACCGAGGAAGUCUUUAACUUCUAAAACCGACGAUAUAGUGAUAGAAACAAGCUUCACCGGAAGCCACGCGGUCACCAGGAAAGUAUCUACAACCAGCAUGAGAUCAAGUAAUAUUCCUACAAGGAGGGUUCAUAGUGAGGAAACACCUCCUGUUGCCCAACUUGUGACCGUUACUCGCUCCUCUUCCAAAUCUGGCCAGCCUCUCUCACCUUGGCACGUUAGUUCGGCUCCACCGAAAAGAAUGCCUUUAACGACCGAGUUGUAA